CACCUCUAAGCGAUGUACAAAAACAACAUUUGUUUAUAUGAUUAAUUUUUACCUUACACACUCAAACGAAUAUAAAUGUAGCCAAUAAUACGAAAACAAUAGGCAACAUUGAUAAGAUAAGAUAACUACCAACAGUCCCAAUGUCUUUCGCGUACACUUUAAUGCACAAAUAGCGCGGAGCGAACGGUUUGAAUUUGUUCAUGGAAAUAACACAAAAUAUUUGUCAGUAAACAAUGGCAACUCACGCCGAGAAGGAAUUCUACCAUUUGAACGUCAGCGUUAAUAAAGCCUUAAAUGGCCUGGAGGCGCCGCUCAAAACCAAACAUGCCCGCUCCAUUAUUAUUAUGAUCCACAAGACCAAGGAGGCAAAGUCCUUCUGGAUGAUGAUCUCACGGCAACCCUUAAUGCAGAACCGAUUCACCGCCUGGAAGUUUUCCCAUCUCCUGCACAAGGUCCUGCGAGAGGCGCAUGAAAGUGCCAUAAGGCACUCGCAGAGUCACAAGAAAAUGAUCCUCGAGGUGGGCAAGAUGUGGGGGCUGCUACAGGAUGACAUCGGAUGCUGUAUACAGGCGUACAGCAAGCUGCUGGCCACCAAGUUGAAUUUCCACGACAAGAAUCGAAUGUUUCCUGGAUCCCUGAAUAUUUCCUUCACCGAACUCUUUGUGGCUGUUGAUCGGGAUUUAAACUAUUGCUUCCAGUUAUGCGUGGAAAUUUUCGAUUACUUGGAGGAUAUCAUUGCCCUGCAACAGACCAUAUUUUCUUCAAUGGAAAAGUACCGAAUGUCCUCGAUGACACCGCAAGGACAGUGCAGGCUUGCGCCCAUAGUCUGUCUCAUUCAGGAUUCCAAUGCUCUGUACGAUAUGAGCGUCCGUCUAAUGUUCAAACUGCACGAUGGCAUACCCUAUGAUGUGGUUUCGGGCCACAGAGAUCGGUUUUAUGGUUUGUUCUUGAAGCUCAAGAGUUUCUACAACAAUGUUCGUCCGCUGCAGUACUUCAAGGAUUUAAUCACAGUUCCCGAGUUGCCGGACACAAGUCCGAACUUCAAGUCGCAAAACGAUUUCAGCAGCUAUGUACCGCCAGUUGUACACGUGCCCCAAGAACCCGAUCCGGUUGUGGAGGAUCUGGUGGACACCAACAACCACGAAGCGGAGGCGUUUAGUCAGGCCCAGCAGCAGUUGACCAUGUUGGAGGGUAUAAUAAGCGAGAAGGAGGCUGGCAUUGAGGAGCUUUCCUACAAAUUGGUGGCCUUGCAAAAGAACUAUGAUGAUCUGCAGCAGAGUUACAGGCAGGAUGUGCAGGAGUUGCAGCAGAACAACACUAUCCUGUCCAAUGAUUUGGUAUUGGCGAGGGAAAUGUGUGCCACUUUUCGGAUGCAAAACGAUGAUCUGGAGCUGCAGCUAAACCAAAAUCCAAUUUUAAUGCAGAAAGCCAUGGAGGAAGAGGAGAAGCACAAGUUAUCUUCGGAGAAAUUCAACAAACUAAAAACCCUCUACACCAAAAUUCGGGAUGAACACAUUCAGCUAUUAAGAGAGCAAAGUGAGUCUAAUAAAUCUUUAAACAAGGAGAAGCAAGUGAACUCACAGCUUUUGCUGGAAACAAAAGAACUUACCAACGAAAUUUCCAAGAUCAAAGGGAAUGUGGAGGAAAAAGAUAAGGCCAACUUGGCUCUGCAGAAACAAGUUGAAGAGCACAAGGAAAAGAUAACGCAGCUGGAAACAAUAAAAAACGAAAUCGAGGAAAAAUACGAUGAUGUUGUUAAAGAGAAACAAAUGCAGGCUCUAGACAUCACUUCCACCUCCGAGAAUUUAAGGUUGAAUUGCCUUAAAAUUGAAGACCUCAAUGGAGCCCUCAACGAAACCCAGGAAAAACUGUUGAAAGCCGAAAGCCAAAUAAAUGCAAAGAGCAGCGAAAUUGAGAAUCAUUUAAAAGCCUUUGAAGCGGAGAAGGCUUUGCUCUUGACCAAGAUUGAACAACUAAAUGCGGAGCAUAAAACCAACCAUGAAGCUCAAAGUACACAAUUGCAGGAAACUAAAAACCAUUUGGAUGAAAAAGAAAAGGAAUUCAGCGAAACAAGAGAAAAGCUAACAGCCGCCGAGAGCCUAGUGAGCUCGAAGAAUAUUGAAAUUGAAAACAAUCAAAAGGCUUUUGAAGCUGAAAAGCUUUUGCUCUUGACCAAAAUCGAGCAGUUGAAUGUGGAACAUAAAUCCCAUCAAGAGGCGCAAAAUGCUGAAUUGCAAAAAACAAUAAAUAACUUGGAGCAAAAGGAAACUGCUUUGCAGGAAUCCCAGGAAACUGUGAAACAACUUAGGCAAGACAAUUCCUUGAUGACUCAACGCAGUGAGGAUUUGCAAGGCAAACUCACUACCAUUGAGGAAAAACUCAACCAGGCAACACAACAGAUUGCUUCCGUAACAAAUUCCUAUCAAACUUGUAGCUCUGACCUUAGCGAACUCCGAAAAUUGGUCAUCAAAACGUUGAGGGAAAUCUGCAAUUCAAAGUUAAGCAGCUCGGAACAACAGCCCUUGGAUGCAGUGCCUGCCAUUAUAAGUGAAAUGGAAUCCCUGCUUAAUAAAUUCAAUAAUUCCACGGCUAUAGAGUAUGUUUCUACGACUGAAGGCAUUCACGAUGUGAUGUACUUGGGCUAUGUAUUCAUAAAGCUGUACGAUCAAUGCGAUGUUAUUUAUAAAACAACAACGGCUAUUGAGACGGGUCAAGAGAUUUUCACGAAAACUUCAUUGGUUUGCUCAGAUGUCUGCCAAUUGUUUCAAUAUUUGUUGAAUAACGAAGCAAAGGAUGGGCAACAAAUUAUAACUGAAGUGCAAGCGAAGCUAACAGAUAUCCGAAAAUUAAUUGAGAAGAUUAAGGCCACCUUCGAACAGAAGAUCGACUUGGACAAGCUACUCGAAAUAGAGCUGCGUGAGAUGGAUGCUGCCAUCGAUGAUGCAGCCAGCAAGAUAACCGACCUACUGGCCAAGGCUCGGGAGAAGGACAAUCAGACCAAUUUGGAGGUGAACGGAAAGAUUGUGGACUCGUGUACGACGUUAAUGGAAUGCGUCAAGGUUCUGAUCCAGAAAUCACGUCUUUUACAGCACGAAAUUGUGGCUUCCCAAAAAGGAAAUGCAAGUGCCAAUGAAUUCUAUAGGCGAAACAGCCAGUGGUCUGAUGGCUUGAUUUCCGCCUCAAAGAGCGUGGCCAAGGCGGCCAACUAUCUCGUCGAGGCUGCCAACAAGGCCAUCGAAAGUGAGUCUGGCAAAAACUUUGAGCUCAUUGUGGCCGCCCAGGAAAUUGCCGCCUGCACCACACAGAUGGUGAUAGCCAGCAAGGUCAAGGCCGAACGCAAUAGCCAAAAGCUGUCCGACUUGACCAAGGCCUCGCGCAGCGUUACCCAAGCAACGGGCACCCUGGUGGCCACCGUUAAGGAUUGUAACGCCCAGCUGGAGCAGCAGAGCGAGCUCGAGCUGGCCAAGCUAACGCCAUCGCAAAUUAAAACAAUGGAAAUGGAAAUCCAUGUCAAAGUACUCGAAAUCGAGCAGGCGCUUCAAACACAGCGCCAGAAGCUGGCGUCGUUCAGGAGAGAGCACUACAAGAAUGCCGAGUAUUAAACAAUAAAAAUACUGUCUAUAUAUGUUAUCUAUAAACGUUACUAACCUUAAAAGCAUUCUUAUUUUACCAAUGCCCAUCAUGACAACCCUUAUAUACAGAUAUACAGCAGUCAGUUCAUCUGAAAUAUUCCAUUUUGAUCGCCUUUUGAUCCUUGGUUUUUAUUGAACCAACAAAUUGUUUCCAGAAACCUAAUCUUAAAUUUUAAAAUGUUUUAUAUUGCACACUGUAGAUCGGAAAUAAAGUAACACCUAUUGCCAAAGAAAA